UUUGGAAACAUUUAUUUGUUAAUUUAAUCCGGUUUGCUUUUUUUGUCUGCUAGUGCGCUUAAAUUGUUGUUAGCUCGAACACUUAUUGCGUAAAAUAAAUUUAUAGAGAUGCCAGAAUAUACCAAUUCGAUAUGCGGCUGUUGCAAUGAUAUAACUACUUGUUUAAUAACAUACUUUUUACCUUGCUUGACAGCUGGUAAAAACGCUGAAUUUGUUGGAGAAAACUGCCUGUUGUAUGGUUGUUUAUCGCUUACGUGCGUUAAUUUUUUCUUUAAUGCAAAAAUAAGGGAAAAAAUAAGAGCAAAAUACAGCAUAGAAGGUUCGUUUCUAAACGAUAUUGUUUGUUAUUGCUGUUGUCCAUUAUGCGCCUUAGUUCAAGAUGCCCAGGAAAUUACAGCACAUGGUGGUCCCGGAGUUUUAAGCAUGGCAAGAGAAUAAGCAAACAGAACAAAAUUGAAAAAUAAUAUUUAACAUAAUUAUUUAAUUAUGUUAAUUUAUUAUUGUUUAAGAAAGUUAUGUUUUAAACGUUGUAUCUGUUAUUUACUCAUUUAAUUUUGAUUUUUUUGUUGA